UGUUUCUCACGGCUCAAACACUUCACAGGACCGUGCGUGGCGUUGCUCUGCGAAUUCGACGCCCUUCCUGACAUCGGUCACGGCUGCGGACACAACCUCAUUGCCGAAGCAUCGGUGGGCGCCGCUCUCGCUGUGCAGGAGGCGAUGAAGACAUGCAAGGAUAUGCAGGGCAAGCUGGUGGUUCUUGGCACGCCAGCCGAGGAGUACUCCUGUGGCAAGGAACUGCUCAUCCGCCAGGGGGCGCUCGAGGGCAUCGAGGUGGCCAUCAUGUCGCACCCGACUCCCGCGGAUGUCGUGGCGCCUCUUUUUUCAGCGUCGCAGGAGCUCGUGGUGCGAUUCAAAGGGAAGUCUGCUCACGCGGCAGCUUACCCUUGGGAAGGCGUGAACGCCCUCGAUGCUGCCAUUGCUUCCUUCGUCAACAUUGGUCUCCUCCGGCAGCAGUGCAAGCCGUCUUCGUGGAUUCAUGGCAUCAUCACGGAAGGUGGCAAGUAUGCCAACGUCAUUCCAGAAGAAACGGAGCUCCGCUUCUGCGUGCGCUCAGAGUCCAACGCGGAACUUGUUGAUCUCCGGGAUCGAGUAGAAGCCUGCUUCAAGGGCGCAGCCGAGGCCACAGGCUGCGUAGUGAGCAUCCGCAGGGCAGCCGCUUACAUGGAUGUCAUCCAGAACGCCACAAUCGCUGCCUCCUACCGGAAGCACGGGCACUCACUCGCGCUGACAUUCAUCGACGACUACGUGAAAAAGCUGCCGGUCUCUGGCGCAGCUACGGACUGUGGCAACGUGUCCCAUCGCCUGCCCACAUUGCACGCCGUGUACAGCGUCGGGUCGACGCCGAAGGUGCAGGGACCGAGGAACCACACUCACCAAUUCGCAACCCUGGCGGGCUCCGAGGAGGCCCAGCCGCCGACUCUGAGAACGGCCAAAGUGCUGGCGCUGACCGUGCUCGACCUGCUCACGGACGCGGAGCUGAUGCGCACAGCGCAGGCCGAGUUCGCCGCUCUGCAGCUCCAAUCGGACGCGGAGCUGCAAGCGAUGACGCAGUGAAUAAACCGACCCUUCCUUUAGCGUCAACGUCCAUUUCGGAGAAAUCGUUCCGCCAUCCGGAUCAUGACACCGCCUCCAAGAUCUUGCGCUCCUGGACGAAUCCCAAGAUUCGAGCUUAAAUCAAUAAAUUUUUGUUAAAUAU